AUGGCGGAAACGAAUGAGCAAAAGCCCAAAAUUUCCCAGCACGAAGGAAACUCAAUAAUCAAAACGAAUCCCGACCUGAGCUCUAUCCGUAGAGCAAUGGCGAAACCCGAGAAACCCAAAUCCAAUUCAGUGAACCUCCCGCCAUUGUCCGGGUCGAAUCCGUCCAAAAUCCACCCGACAGCCGAUCCGGAGAGCCCUCCCGACCCGAAUUCAUAUUCUCUGGAGAAAUUCCGCCUCUAUGAGACUCGCGCUAGGUUUUACCUGAUCGGAAGUGAUAGGAACAAGAAGUUCUUCCGGGUUUUAAAGAUCGACAGAAUGGAACCUUCCGAUUUGAAUAUAAGCGAAGACCCCGUGGUUUAUCCACCACAAGAAGUAAAGAGCUUGCUCCAGAGGAUUGCCGAGGGAAAUCGUGCUACGGGAGGCUUAAAUUUCGUGGCCAAGGUCUACGGCAUUGUUGGCUGCAUCAAAUUCUUGGAGUCCUACUAUAUGAUACUGGUGAGGAAACGGCGGCAGAUUGGCUGCAUUUGUGGUCAUGCGAUAUAUAGCAUAGACGAGAGCCAAAUAAUCACCAUCCCACAUGUUUCAGUUCAAACUGAUAUUGCUCAUUCGAAAACUGAGCUGAGGUACAGGAAGCUUUUAUCCAGUGUCGACUUGAUGAAUGAUUUUUUCUAUAGCUAUACUUAUCCUGUAAUGCAAAGCUUACAGAAGAAUGUGUUAUCGAUGGGUGAAGAAGGGAUGCCAUAUGAUAAUAUGUUUGUUUGGAAUGCAUUUCUAACACAGUCGAUUCGGUUAAGAUGCAAGAACACCAUUUGGACGAUAGCUCUUGUUCACGGGAAUUUCAAACAGGUUAGACUAUCAAUUUUUGGAAGAGAUUUUAGUGUUUCUUUGGUCUCGAGACGCUCUCGCCAUUUUGCUGGAACACGUUACCUUAAGCGAGGAGUUAAUGAUCACGGGCGGGUAGCCAAUGAUGUGGAGACAGAGCAAAUAGUUAUCGAUGAAGAAGCUGGGUCGUGCAAAGGAAAGAUGAGUUCUGUUGUACAAAUGAGGGGUUCUAUUCCCCUUUUCUGGUCACAAGAAGCCUCAAGAUUCAGCCCUAAACCUGAUAUUAUAUUGCAAAGAUAUGAUCCUACAUAUGAGGCGACCAAACUGCAUUUUGAAGACCUGGAAAAAAGAUAUGGCAACCCAAUUAUUGUUCUUAAUCUAAUUAAGACUGUCGAAAAAAGACCACGAGAAAUGAUGCUGAGGCGCGAGUUUGCAAAUGCAGUGGGGUAUUUAAACCAGAUACUCCCAGAAGAAGAACAUCUCAAAUUUAUUCAUUGGGACUUUCACAAGUUUGCAAAGAGCAAGUCUGCCAAUGUAUUAGCAGUCUUGGGUGGAGUUGCAAGCCAAGCACUUGAUUUAACAGGAUUUUAUUAUAGCGGAAAACCUUUGGUUGUUAAAAGAAGGGCUACACAAUUAACUCGUACUAGCACUGGGAGGGAAUCUUCUCUUCGAGAUUUAAGAUCUAAUUCAGUUGAACUAUCGAGAGUUGGUGGUGGCACUGAAACCUCAACCAAGCAAGAUAAAGUGUUCGAAAGUAAGCAACAGAGCCAAAAGGACAUCAACAUUAAUUCAGAGCCAAGAUUUCAAAGCGGGGUUCUGCGUACAAACUGCAUCGACUGCUUGGAUAGGACAAAUGUCGCCCAAUACGCUUAUGGCCUGGCAGCUCUUGGCCGCCAGCUACAUGCAUUGGGCUUGACAGAUAUUCCAAAAGUGGAUCCUGAUAGUAGCAUUGCAGCUGCCCUUAUGGACAUGUACCAGAGCAUGGGUGAUGCCUUGGCUCAGCAGUACGGUGGCUCAGCUGCACACAAUACUGUGUUUCCUGAGAGGCAAGGGAAAUGGAAAGCUACAACCCAAUCUAAGGAGUUUCUAAAGUCUAUAAAGCGAUAUUACAGCAAUACUUAUACGGAUGGUGAAAAGCAGGAUGCAAUUAACUUAUUUUUGGGCUACUUCCAGCCCCAGGAAGGUAAACCUGCACUGUGGGAGUUGGAUUCUGAUUAUUACCUUCAUGUAUCAGGGAUUGGAGAUGAUCUUCUGCCCGAUAGUUUGGGUGACAGUCCUUUCGAUGAUGUUAAGCCUUCGGGAAAAAGAAUUCCUUUGGCUCCAAUUCCAGCUUGUAGGGAGGACUUUUCGCGCAUGAAGUUGACAUCGUUUGAUAAGCUGAUAGAAAGAACAUGUAGUUGGAUCAAGAAUGUACGACUUUCUAGUGACCUGGAUCAGAAGUCGUCUGGAAGCUUUGGUGUCGCACCAGAUGCAGCCGAAAUACAGCUUAAGAGUCCGAAUUGGCUUUUUGGCCAGAGAAAAUACGAGGAUUCUAGCUCGGCUCCAAAGCUGACUUCUGGUGAAGUUGCAAAUGGGAAUGCUGAUGAUGAGAAUACAAUUGACAGAUUAUGUGACCUUAAUUUGUUCUCGCCUGUUGUCGAGAGCAAUGAAGAAGAUGUCUUCCAACAAUACCUAGCCAUGACAACAGUCGACGAGACUAAUGGGUGGUAUGGUGGCACACUGCUGGGUGAUCAAGACGAAAGCAGUGAGAUUUACCAGCAUUAUGCAGAACUUAUUCAGGGGCCCACAAUGGAACCCUUUGAGAACGACAGUGAGAAGGAGAAAUACUAUGCAGAUCUCGUCUGUGUGAACAAGUUCGACUUCACUGACGAUACUGUUACAGAGACAGAAAUGGAAAGCGCUCUAAACGAGUAUGCACGAGCUGGUGCCGAUCUCGGAAUCUUCCCAAAGUCGUGCAGCGCGCAGAUUCUUGACCCGAGCCAGCUGACGAGAUGGAUUCUUGGUGAAGAUAGGCUGCAGAAGCUAUGA